AGAGCCUUCUAAAAAUAGCAUGUAAUCAGCGGGGGAAAUAUUGGUAUCAAAGUAGCCUCCAAAGGAACGCCUGCCGUAUAGGCUAUCUGAAGCAAGUCACCUGACAUGGACGCAUUAGCUGACAGGUGCCACCUGACCUAACACAAUGAAGUCAAUAGUGAGAACUGCAGUGUCAGCUGCAUUAAUACAGUCUGCAAGAAAUCAUCUUCUCCCUACAGUAUCUGCCUACACUACGUCCAAGUGCACUGUAACAUGUGUGCAAUACUCAAACUAUACCGGCAACCACUGUACACCUAUGCUAAGGACAUGGACGUCAGGUUCAACUGUGCUGUUGGCCUAUGUAAGGCAAAGACCAAGGAGUAACAAUGUUAGACUUCCUGCUGGUAUUACUUCUACAAGAAGUAUGAUAGCAUCUUAUUGUCCUGGAAGGUAUGAAGCCAACAGUUCAUCACUUCAUGCUAACUUUGGCACAGACAGGCCUGAACAGCACCAGGACAUAAUGCCGGUGACUGAAGUUGAUGAAGAGAGUGAAUCAGGCAGGCAAACCACCACCGGAACAUCAGAACGUCACUACAUAAACUGUAGCAAUGAAAAUGAACUUGGAUGCAGCACAAACUUGACUUCUACGUCUAAGCCAGUCUUAUCCCCUAGCACCUCUGAAACUGAAAGAUAUGGAGACCAAAAAACCAAUGACAGUUCAGUUAAUCCCCCAAGUGACCAAAGCUCAUUGGAUGUAGCUGUACUUGAGUUUGUUGACUUUCCUGAAGGACAGAAAACUGGUAGUGACCUUGAACUUGCUGACCUUGACAAUACAGACGUGCCAUCAGUAGACAGACAGCAGGCAUACAGGGGCCCUGUCCACCAACACGCAUAUGUUGGUCUCAGGACACUUGUAGACCAUUCAGAGACACUACAGAAGCUGGUACACCUCGGUGUAGAUCUACACAAGGUCAGCAGAAAGAGAAACGCAGCAAAUCUGAUAGCAAAACUAGACUUCGACAGUCAGGUGAAGGAAAAGCUGAUGUUCCUCCUGGAUGUUGGAGUCACCAAAGAGAACUUGGGAAGCAUCAUUUCUGUUAACCCCUUCAUACUGGGAGUGGAACUGGACAGGCUGGAGAAGAGAGUCCAGUAUCUGAUGUCCAAGAAAUUCAAAGAGGAUGAAAUAGCUGGGCUUGUGAGCCGUGCCCCGCAUCUGCUGCAGUUGAGUGUGCAGCGGCUGGACAACAAGCUGGGCUGGCUGCAGGGCAACCUGCAAACCACAGCUGCUCAGACUCGUCAUAUAGUAGUGCGAUAUCCACGAGUCUUGACAGUGAGCCUUGCUAGGAUGAAAGAGAACCUGCAGGUUGCACAGCUCCAACUGGGCUUCUCCCCUGAACAGCUGAGAACCAUGGUCCUGAGGGCACCACGGAUGUUGUCCAGAGACAAGUAUAAACUCAUUGCUGUGUUUGACUACCUACACAAUGAGAUGGGAAUACCCCACCACAUCCUGGCCUGCAGUCCUCAGGUGUUCAACAGCCGUAAGCAGCAUUUAUCCGCGCGUCACCAGUUCCUGCAGAAGCUGGGCCGUGCCCAGUACGACCCCGCCCAGCCUGGAUACAUCUGUCUGGAAAAUUUCUUCAAGUUACCAGACGCCGUCUUUUGCACACAGCUGGCAAAAGUGACUAUGGAGGAAUACCAAAACUUCCUUAAAACCUUGUGAAUGUCAUGGUCAAUGGCAUGUUGUGUAGCAGAUCCUGAUUUGCAUAAUUGUUAUUUAGUUAUGCCAGGCAUCACUUCAGUUACCUACAUACCAAAAAUUACGAAAAUCCGUCAACCAGUUUUUUUAGUUAACCUCUCUUGAAGAUUUAUAAGCAAACCAUCCUGCAGUCCCACAACAAGCUGCUAGGGGGCGGAAAGU